GUGUCCCGGGUCUUCCCCGGGGGCCUCCUCCCAGUGGGACCUGCCUGGAACACCUCACCAGGGAGGCGUCCAGGAGGCAUCCAGACCAGAUGACCGAGCCACCUCGUCUGGCUCCUCUCAACAGGGAGGAGCAGCAGCUCCACUCCAAGCUUCUCUCCCUAUCUCUAAGGGAGAGCCCAGACACCCUGCGGAGGAAGCUCAUUUCAGCUGCCUGUAUCCGGGAUCUCGUUCUUUCGGUCACAACCCACCUAUUAAUUUGAUUGUAAAAGUAGCUAGUAAGAUGGCAUGUUUAUCAUUGUUUCAUUGAACAACCGAGAGGGAUGUUAUUUUAAAUGAAGAUGAUGUCAAGAACUGAGGGUCAGCUUUUCUUCUCCCCUGUGGUAAAGGAAGGUCCAGUGUAUCCUCUGCUAGAGGAGAUGAUAAAGGAUGCUCCUUUCCUUGUCAUUUAGAAAAUCAAACAGCUUAUCAUGACUAAAACUCACAUACAGCCACAGGAAGGGAGAGGCAUUCUCAUCAAACAUAUUAAUAACGUGAAGGGGAAGGAAGCUGGGACACUUAAACAGUUUGACUUCUGCCUUCUGAUGACCAAAGAGGAACCUUUGCUGCAGAGUGAACAUCUCCUCCCUGUUUCAAACAGGGAGAAGAGGAGCAGCCAUGACUGUGAGAGCAGCAGUGACUGAAUUGGUUAUCUUUCUUCUAUCUGUGCCAGUGGUCCAGAGUCAGACUUACUGGGAAGGGACUUAUUCACGAACUGAAGUCUGUGCCUUGGAAGGAUCAACAGUGGAACUAAGCUACACCUACACAUAUCCAGCCACAAGAAAUUUUUAUUAUGCCUCUAUUAAAACACUCUGGUUCACUAAAGAAGAGAAUAAUAGACCUGUUGAUGUGAUAACAGACUCACAGUACACAGGACGUGUGAUGUACAAUUGUGGAUUGAAGCAAUGCACUCUGAGAAUCACUAACGUAGAGAAGAGCGACUCAGCUACGUACAAGUUCACAACAAACCAAGCUUCUGGCAGAUAUGUAGGUAACCCUGGAGCUGUUUUAUCAGUCACAGAUCUUCAGGUGACAAGAACUGGUUCAUGGUCCACGCUAGACCUGAAAUGUCACAGCCCUUGUCCUUUGCCUCGUCAUGUCUCCUAUGUCUGGUACAAGAAUGGACACAAAAUCUCUGCAGAAGAAUCUUCUUAUUCAGACAAUUAUGCUUAUGCAGACAGCUACUCCUGUGCUUUGAAAGGAAAUGAGAAUUCCCCGUCUCCUCUGUACUGUUACUAUGAUUCUUACUGUAACAAAGUGAAAUACAGUCACAGAACCAUCUGCGCCUCCAGAGGCUCAUCAGUGGACAUCUCUUGUUCUUACAGAAGUUAUGAAAGCAUCAGCUCAAAAUUCUGGUUCAAAGCUGAGCAAAGUCAGCAGGGGCAAUAUUACCUAAAACCUAAAGACCUCCGAGAAAAUCUCUGGUAUCUUAAUCGUGUUCAGGUCACUGACAGUGAGAGUGGAGACACCACCCUUAGAAUCUCUGACCUGAGAGAGAGCGAUUCAGCCGUCUAUCGUUUCACAUUUACAGCAGGAAGCUCUGGAUGGGGGACCAGUUUGUAUGGCACAACUCUGACUGUAACAGCUUUGCAGGUGAAGGUGAUGAGGAUAACAACUGAGGCAGAGCUGAGAUGUCACAGCAGCUGCAGUGAAGCAGAUCGUCUUUCAUACGUCUGGUUCAGGAACGGACAGAGAAUUCCCAAGGAGAGGAAGUCUUCUUUCAAAGGCCGUUAUAAUCCUGGGGAUGAGAUCUCCUGUGCUUUAGAAGGACAUGAAAGAUUUCCUUCUCCAUCAGUGUAUGCUCCAAGACUCCCCUCUGUAUCAGUGAGUCCCUCUAGGAAGAUGAUAGAGGGCAGUUCAGUGACUCUGAGAUGUAGCAGUGAUGCUAACCCAGCAGCUAACUAUGCUUGGUACAAGGUAUAUGGAAUUGGAGACCCUUGGAGCUUCGGAGCAGGACCACAGCUUUCCUUCAGCUCCGUCCGGCCCUCUGCCAGUGGACAAUAUUAUUGUUCAGCUGAGAACGAGCUGGGGAGAAGGAAAUCAGAGUUCAUUUCCCUAACUGUGAAAUAUGCUCCAAGGCUUCCCUCUGUAUCAGUGAGUCCCUCUGGUAAAAUCAAGGAAGGCAGUUCAGUGACUCUGAAUUGUCACAGUGAUGCUGACCAAGCAGCUAAUUACAAAUGGUACAAGAAAUAUGGAGUUGGAGACCCUCAGUUGUUCAGAACAGGACCACAGCUCUCCUUCAGCUCCAUCCAGCCCUCUGACUCUGGACUGUAUCACUGCUCAGUUGAAUUUGAGCUGGGGAGAAGGACGUCAGAGCAAGUUUCCAUAACUGUGAAAUAUGCUCCCAGGCUUCCCUCUGUGUCAGUGAGUCCCUCUGCUGAGACAGUGGAGGGCAGUUCAGUAAUUCUGAACUGUAGCAGUGAUGCUAACCCAGCAGCUAAUUACACCUGGUACAGGACAAAUGGAGGUGGAGAUUCUCAGUUCUUCAGAGCAGGACCACAGCUUAAUUUCAGCUCCAUCCAGCCCUCUGACUCUGGACAGUAUUAUUGUUCAGCUGAGAACGAGCUGGGGAGAAGGACAUCAGAACUCAUUUCCAUAACUGUGAAAUAUGCUCCAAGGCUUCCCUCUGUAUCAGUGAGUCCCUCUGAGAACAUCACAGAGGGCAGUUUAGUAAACCUGAACUGUAGCAGUGAUGCUAACCCAGCAGCUAAUUACACCUGGUACAGGACAAAUGGAGAUGGAGACCCUCAGUUCUUCAGACCAGGACCACAGCUUUCCCUCAGCUCCAUCCAGCCCUCUGACUCUGGACUGUAUGACUGUUCAGCUGAGAAUGAGCUGGGGAGAAGGACAUCAGAGCUCGUUUCCAUAUCUGUGAAAUAUGCUCCCAGGCUUCCCUCUGUGUCAGUGAAUCCCUCUGCUGAGACAACAGAGGGCAGUUCAGUAAUUCUGAACUGUAGCAGUGAUGCUAACCCAGCAGCUAGUUACACCUGGUACAGGACAAAUGGAGGUGGAGAUUCUCAGUUCUUCAGAGCAGGACCACAGCUUAAUUUCAGCUCCAUCCAGCCCUCUGACUCUGGACAGUAUUAUUGUUCAGCUGAGAACGAGCUGGGGAGAAGGACAUCAGAGCUCGAUUCCAUAACUGUGAAAUAUGCUCCAAAGCUUCCCUCUGUAUCAGUCAGCCCAUCUGCUGAGACAGUGGAGGGCAGUUCAGUGACUCUGACCUGUAGCAGUGAUGCUAACCCAGCAGCUAAAUACACCUGGUACAGGACAAAUGGAGAUGGAGACCCUCAGUUCUUCAGACCAGGACCACAGCUUUCCCUCAGCUCCAUCCAGCCCUCUGACUCUGGACUGUAUGACUGUUCAGCUGAGAAUGAGCUGGGGAGAAGGACAUCAGAGCUCGUUUCCAUAUCUGUGAAAUAUGCUCCCAGGCUUCCCUCUGUGUCAGUGAAUCCCUCUGCUGAGACAACAGAGGGCAGUUCAGUAAUUCUGAACUGUAGCAGUGAUGCUAACCCAGCAGCUAGUUACACCUGGUACAGGACAAAUGGAGGUGGAGAUUCUCAGUUGUUCAGAACAGGACCACAGCUCUCCUUCGGCUCCAUCCAGCCCUCUGACUCUGGACAGUAUUAUUGUUCAGCUGAGAACGAGCUGGGGAGAAGGACAUCAGAGCUCGAUUCCAUAACUGUGAAAUAUGCUCCAAAGCUUCCCUCUGUAUCAGUCAGCCCAUCUGCUGAGACAGUGGAGGGCAGUUCAGUGACUCUGACCUGUAGCAGUGAUGCUAACCCAGCAGCUAAAUACACCUGGUACAGGACAAAUGGAGAUGGAGACCCUCAGUUCUUCAGACCAGGACCACAGCUUUCCCUCAGCUCCAUCCAGCCCUCUGACUCUGGACUGUAUGACUGUUUAGCUGAGAAUGAGCUGGGGAGAAGGACAUCAGAGCUCGUUCUCUUAACUGUGAAAUAUGCUCCAAGGCUUCCCUCUGUGUCAGUGAAUCCCUCUGCUGAGAUAGAGGAGGGUAGUUCAGUAACUCUGAAUUGUAGCAGCGAUGCUAACCCAGCAGCUAACUACACCUGGUAUAAGGAGAACCGCAGAGCACCUCAGGGACUACAGGGGCUUUAUCUUUUCACCACCAUCAGUCCUGAAGACACAGGGACCUACUACUGCACCUCUGAGAAUCAGUAUGGACGAAUCAACUCAUCAUCUGUAUUCAUAGAUGUCCAGUAUGCGCCAAGGCUUCCCUCUGUAUCAGUGAGUCCCUCUGCUGAGAUAGUGGAGGGAGCUUCAGUGAAUCUGACCUGUAGCAUUGAUGCUAACCCAGCAGCUAAUUACACCUGGUACAAGGAGAACCAGAAACUACCAAGAGGAACGUGGCAAAAUUACAAUUUUCCCUCCAUCAGAUCAGAGGAUGAAGGGAUCUACCACUGCCAGGCUUGGAAUAAACAUGGGCAGAAAAAAUCCUCAAUCCUUUUUAUAGAUGUCCAGUAUGCUCCAAAACUUCCCACUGUAUCAGUGAGUCCCUCUGCUGAGAUAGUGGAGGGAGCUUCAGUGAAUCUGACCUGUAGCAGUGAUGCUAACCCAGCAGCUAAUUACACCUGGUACAAGGAGAACCAGAAACUACCAAGAGGAACGUGGCAAAAUUACAAUUUUCCCUCCAUCAGAUCAGAGGAUGAAGGGAUCUACCAAUGCCAGGCAUGGAAUAAACAUGGGCAGAAAAAAUCCUCAAUCCUUUAUAUAGAUGUCCAGUAUGCUCCAAAACUUCCCUCUGUAUCAGUGAGUCCCUCUGCUGAGAUAGUGAAGGGUAGUUCAUUGAAUCUGACCUGUAGCAGUGAUGCUAACCCAGCAGCUAAUUACACCUGGUACAAGGAGAAUGAAGACUCACCUCUAGCUUCAGGACAGAUCUUCACCAUCACUGAAUUUCACUUUAAUCACAGUGGGAAUUAUUACUGUGAGGCCCAGAACACAAGAGGAUGCCACAACUCCACCUUCACUCUGACUGUUGUGUCAGUUCCAGUGAACUCAGCAUUCAUAGCAAGUAUCAUCAGGAUGACUCUGCUGCUUCUGUUGUUGAUUCCUCUUCUUCCCUUGGUUCUGUGGAUCAGGAAGGAGAAAAAUAUGAAGACUGAACUGAGUGAACCUGCAGAGGAGAUAGAGCUAAACUCUGAUCCUGUCUAUGAGAACAUCUUAACCAUCACUGCAGCGUUCAGAGAGGACAGAGAGGAGCAGGAGGACACUGUACGAAGGCUAUUCAGAUGAACCAGAGGCAGGACUUCCUGUUGAGAGCGAGGCUGUGGAGGAUGUCAGAUUUGAUUUGUUUAUUUGAUAUGAACAUAAAAUACGUUCUCAUCGUGAUCUACUCACAGAAAGAAUUAAAGUGUUUUUAAACUUGGAUUGCAAGGAUCACAUUAAAACCAGUGGUGCGUGUUUGACACUUCGGAGAGAACCAUAGCACUGCGCCAGCACUGUACCAUGUAAUGUUGCACAAGUAAAUAUACACUUCCUUCCUACAGUAUUUGAAAGGGUGAGGCCAAUUCCUUUCAUUUUUGCUGUAGUGAGAGCCUGAAAAAGCAUCACAAAAAAAGAAUGCAAAAGUUUGGUGAUGUCAGUGGGUCGCAGGCUUGAUGCAGUUACUGCAAGCAAAGGAUUUGCAACUAGAUAUUCAGUCCUAUUCACUUUAAUCUGUUUUAAGUGUAUCUGUUCCAGUACUUUUGCUCACCCAAAUAUUUGGCGUUCCAUUACAAAUAAAGCUAUCUUCAAAGUUGUGUAUCAGAUCCAGGUGUAAAUACCUCAAAAUUUAAAGCUGAAAUGUUGAUCUCUUGUCUCAUCUUUUGAAGUCAAACCCAAAUGUUUUCAGUCUACAGCAAAAAUAAAGGAACUGGCCUCACUCUUCCAAUACUUUGUGUAUAUGCGUGUCAAGAUAAACUGUACAGGAAAACCUCCAUGUAUCAUCGAUUUAAUGAAUUCUAAUGUCAGAUGGUCUUUGUGUUUCAUUGAUGAAAUAUCAGAGCAGCUUUGAGUCAUAUACUUGCAAGCUUAUAUUCUUUUUCACACAGAUGUGAAUCAUCAUGAAAUGUUACUCUUAAGAAUAUUUACAACUCCCUAACAAUUAAUUUACUUCUCUAGACCUAUUUUGCUUCUGAAUAUUUCUUCAAACUCAUACUUGUAUAAACUUAGAAGUGAAAUUACACAUGUCUUCUAAUACUUGAACUGUUGAAAAUGUAAUUGCUACUUUCCUAAAUGAGGGUCCUGGCAGUGCUCUAUUAUAUAAAGGUAGCAUGAUUAUUUUCUAUUAUUCUUUCAACAUGCAGUGUAAGCGUCAUAUAACCACUCAAGAGUCUGACAGUGCUUUCAAAGCGGCGCUACUUCUUUGUGAUGUGGUUUCCUUGCUGCAUUUGCUCCGUCACAUAUACAUGUUGACCACUUCAAGAGGAAGGAAAUCUAUAAGGGUUUUUUUUUUUUUUGCUUACUGACUGCACAAGAUACAUUUCUUUAAAGAAUAA